AUGUCGGAUCUCAAGGUCAACCUGACAGCUCCCAACGGGCGGAAGAUCACACUACCCACCGGUCUGUACAUCAAUGGCGAGUUCGUGAAAGCCACGGGAGGACAAACGAUUACGAGCAUAAACCCUACGGACGAGUCCGAGAUUGCUACGGUGCAAGCAGCCUCCGUUGAGGAUGUUGACAAGGCGGUCGCUGCUGCACGAGCAGCAUUCAAUGGCUCUGAGUGGCGCGACCUGACCAAUACGGAUCGAGGUGGUCUGAUGUACAAGCUGGCGGACCUCAUCGAGGCAGAGAAAGAGACACUGGCGACCCUUGAGACAUGGGACAAUGGAAAGCCAUAUCAGGUCUCGUUGAAUGAAGAUUUGGCCGAGGUGACCGGCACCCUUCGCUACUACGCCGGAUGGGCAGAUAAGAUUCACGGUUCUACUAUUCCAACUACCGGAGCGAAGUUCGCAUACACCCUCAAGCAGCCCAUUGGGGUAUGCGCUCAGAUCAUCCCAUGGAACUAUCCUCUGGCGAUGGCAGCAUGGAAGCUUGGUCCGGCUCUUGCUGCUGGUUGCUGUGUGGUGCUGAAGCCAGCCGAGCAAACGCCCCUGUCGAUUUUGUACUUUGCGCAACUGAUUGAGAAGGCUGGCUUUCCCAAGGGUGUGAUCAACGUUGUCAACGGCUACGGUAAGGAAGCCGGCCACGCACUGGCUUCUCACCUGGACGUGGACAAGAUUGCUUUCACUGGCUCAACAGUAACGGGCAAGCAGAUCAUGAGGACAGCAGCCGUGAACAUGAAGAACAUCACCCUCGAGACUGGUGGCAAAUCUCCUUUGCUCGUCUUCGACGAUGCAGACUUUGAGCAGGCAGCAAAAUGGGCACAUAUCGGCAUCAUGUCGAAUCAGGGCCAGAUCUGUACAGCAACAUCGAGAGUGCUCGUUCAGGAAAGCAUCUACGACAAGUUCGUAGAGGAGUUCAAGAAGAUUGUGGCUUCGACGUCAAUAGUCGGCGAUCCGUUCAAAGAUGAUACCUUCCAAGGCCCGCAGGUUACAAAGGCGCAGUACGAGCGCGUGCUCGGCUUCGUCGAGAGCGGCAAGAGCGAAGGUGCCACACUUGCACAUGGUGGUGUACCGUAUACAAAGGUAGGCGAAGGCAAAGGAUACUUCAUCGAGCCUACAGUCUUCACCGACGUAAAGUCAAGCAUGACGAUAUUCCGAGAAGAAGUUUUCGGUCCCUUCGUCGUCCUUGUCUCAUUCAAGGAUGAAGCAGAGGCCAUCAAGCUCGCCAAUGAUACAACAUAUGGUCUUGGUAGCGCUGUGUUCAGCCAGAACAUCGAGCGAGCGCAUCGCGUGGCAAGCAAGAUCGAGGCUGGCAUGGUAUGGAUCAACUCAUCCCAAGACUCCGACUUCCGAGUGCCGUUUGGUGGUGUCAAGAACAGUGGGAUUGGUCGCGAGCUAGGUGAGGCAGGCCUACACUCUUACCUACAGGAGAAGGCUGUGCACGUCAACAUGGGCACAAAACUGUAG